CGCCCACCCAAUACAUACAUACACACACACACACACAACCUCCUCCUGCCAUACUGACUCUCCCAGGCUCGUCCCUAGUUACCAUAGCCACAAAGUCAUGAUCCCCGCCUAUUUCUACAGUUACUCUUAAAUGGGUUAUUUUAAACAUCACCACACUGCGAACCUUAUGCCGAACACUAACCUUAAAUUAAGGCCAAAAAGCCAUUUUUUGUUUUCGUGUAGUUUUACGAUAUUGACCAUUUAAACUUUGUGGCUGGGGUAACUAUAGUGAAAACCCUCUCCCAGGCCGACGCGCGUAGCCAAACGGAACAUCAGAGAGCAUAGGGCUGGCGUCUCCUGGUAGUACAUCUAUCAGGUCUCGAGCACAUCAAGUCCAAAAGAGAGGGACUACAGGAAAUAAAGACAAUAGGGGCUCCCUUGCAGGAAGAAGGAAUCUCCCAUCGUUUUAAACCUGGUUCCAUUACCAGAGAGGACACACGCGGGUUUAGCGUUUUACCGAGACGGAUUAAUAAAACGCCAGACGGAUGUUCGCGAGGAGGGGUGGUCCGCUCUGAAGUUGGAGACUACUGCCUACCGAAUACGGAGAGAGGAGAUAAGCGCUUUUGUUUUCCCCGUGAAGGCUAGCGCCCCCCGGCCACAGCAUGAAGCUGCCGCCUUGUUUCGUGGCGCUCAUCGCGGCGUUGCUCGUUCACUCCGCGCUGGGUCAGACCUGGGUUGCAUCAGAUGAAGAAAGUUCUUCCAGAGAUGAGUUCUAUGACGAUGAAGACCUCGACUCAGGCUCUGGAUCUGGCUUUCCAGAGAUGAAGGUCAACCCUAUAGCAGUGGGCGUAUCUUUUACCACGGAAGCGCCCCUCCCCUUCUCUACCACCCAGGCCACUGGCCCCGCCCCCUCAGCCCCACCUGUAGCCGAGCCCAGCCCUAAAGUUGACGUCCUUCCUACCCCACUACCCACUGAGGGAGAGGGGGAGAGAGUCCUUCCUACCCCACUACCCACUGAAGGAGAGGGGGAGAGAGUCCUUCCUACCCCACUACCCACUGAGGGAGAGGGGGAGAGAGUCCUUCCUACCCCACUGCCCACUGAGGAAGAAGGGGAGAGCGGGGUAGAGUGGGAGAGAGAACAAGAGAGGGAGAGGGAACAAGAGAAGGAGAGGGAACAAGAGAAGGAGAGGGAACAAGAGAAGGAGAGGGAACGAGAGAAGGAGAGGGAACGAGAGAAGGAGAGGGAACGAGAGAAGGAGAGGGAACGAGAGAAGGAGAGGGAACAAGAGAAGGAGAGGGAACAAGAGAAGGAGAGGGAACAAGAGAAGGAGAGAGAAAAAGAGAGGGAGAGGGAACGAGAGAGGGAGAGGGAACGAGAGAGGGAGAGGGAACGAGAGAGGGAGAGGGAACGAGAGAGGGAGAGAGAACGAGAGAGGGAGAGAGAACGAGAGAGGGUGAGAGAACGAGAAAGAGAGAGGAUACGGGAAAGAGAAGGUGAAAGAGAGAAGGCGAGAGCCGCCCAGACUACCAUUUCCCCCCGCGGUCCUGCAGCUCUUCCCAUGGCAACCACCAGUUUGGCGGCGACUCCGGCGGAGAGUGCAGCGCCCUCUAGCGGCGUGGAGGACCUGGGCACCACAGAAGAAGAGGACGAGGAUGUUUACCUGUCCCCAGACCCCACCACCAGUUUACUUAUGGAGACCACCACAGAAGAAGAAGAAGAAGAAGAAGAAGUGACCACUACUGAGACAGAGACCACACCCAUCCCAGAGACAACAGCUCCACCCACUACGACUGGCCCAGCCCCAGCUGAGAGGUCUAGCUCCGCCCCCUUCAGGCCCAGGGUUCCUGUGACCUUGCCUACUAAAGCUGCACCCACAGAGAAGAGCACACGUCCCCAGCCACCCUCUACGACGAAUAAUGACUUGGGGGUUAACGGACCCAGCGGAGACUUUGAGAUCCGUGAGGAGGACCGUCGUCAGGGAAACCAGGUUGUUGGGCGUGGCGUGGAGACGGGAGCGGAGCCUGAUCUGAUCGGCAACACGAUCAACACGGGAAGUUCUGCCGCUCAACUUCCUCAGAAGAACAUCCUGGAGAGGAAGGAGGUCCUGAUAGCGGUGAUAGUGGGGGGCGUAGUGGGGGCUCUGUUUGCAGCGUUCCUGGUCAUGCUGCUGGUGUACAGAAUGAAGAAGAAAGAUGAAGGCAGCUACACGCUGGAGGAACCCAAACAGACCACCGUCACCUACCAGAACCCUGACAAACAGGAGGAGUUCUACGCAUGAGAGAGUGAGAGAGGGAAGGACAGGGAGAGAGCGAGAGGGAGGCACGGGGAGAGAGAGAGAGGGAGAGGGAGGGACAGGGAGAGAGCGAGAGGGAUCACUCCACCUCCUGUCUUGUUGCCUCACCUCUCCUUCCCAUCUCUUCCUCCCUCUACCCCAUGUCAGUUGUUGUUAAGAGUGCCUGUCUCCAUGGACUCCGAACUUUCUUAACAAAAUAAAAAAAUAAAUGAACAAAAAUAUAUAAGCUGAAAAAAUAACCCUAAACACAUGAUAUACACAUUUGUUUUUUAAAGUAAAUGUUAUGAAUAUUAUACAAUUAUUGUUCUGAUGUAAUUAAUUCAUUUUUGUUUGUUUGUAAAAACACAAGCUCUUAUUCCAGCACAAUACUCCUCUGUCUGUUCCACUGAGCAAAUGAGCCAAGAGAAAGAGGGAUGAGGGGAGAAGGAAGUAGGAGGGAGAGAGGUGUCAUCUGAUUGGCCACACAGAUACUGGGGUCAAAGGUUAGAGGAAAGCUCACUAUUGUAUUGCCUUCCAUUGUCCUUGUACACACACACACACACACACACACACACACACACACACACACACACACACACACACACACACACACACACACUCCUUGCUGGCUCUUGCUGGCUACAGUAGUACACACUGAGAUGCCUUCUGGUUCAGAGAGAAAAGUCAGGGAUAUAUUUGUACUCUGAUUUCACCCUGGGGGCUGCAGUACGAAAGCUGCCGUGUGUACAGUCGUGGUCAAAAGUUUUGAGAAUGACACAAAUAUUAAUUUCCACAAAGUUUGCUGCUUCAGUGUCUUUAUAUAUUUGUGUCAGAUGUUACUAUGGAAUACUGAAGUAUAAUUACAAGCAUUUCAUAAGUGUCAAAGGCUUUUAUUGACAAUUCCAUGAAGUUGAUGCAAAGAGUCAAUAUUUGCAGUGUUGACCCUUCUUUUUCAAGACCUCUGCAAUCCGCCCUGGCAUGCUGUCAAUUAACUUCUGGGCCACAUCCUGACUGAUCGCAGCCCAUUCUUGCAGAAUCAAUGCUUGGAGUUUGUGAGAAUUUCUGGGAUUUGUUUGUACACCCGCCUCUUGGGGAUUGACCACAAGUUCUCAAUGGGAUUAAGGUCUGGGGAGUUUCCUGGCCAUGGACCCAAAAUAUUGAUGUUUUGUUCCCCGAGCCACUUAAUUAUCACUUUUGCCUAAUGGCAAGGUGCUCCAUCAUGCUGGAAAAGGCAUUGUUCGUCACCAAACUGUUCCUGGAUGGUUGAAAGAAGUUGCUCUCUGACGAUGUGUUGGUCCCAUUCUUUAUUCAUGGCUGUGUUCUUAGGCAGAAUUGUGAGUGAGCCCACGCCCUUGGCUGAGAAGCAACCCCACACAUGAAUGGUCUCAGGAUGCUUUACUGUUGGCAUGACACAGGACUGAUGGUAGCGCUCACCUUGUCUUCUCCGGACAAGCUUUUUUCCGGAUGCCCCAAACAAUCGAAAAGGGGAUUAAUCGGAGAAAAUGACUUUACCCCAGUCCUCUGCAGUCCAAUCCCUGUACCUUUUGCAGAAUAUCAGUCUGUCCCUCAUGUUUUUCCUGGAGAGAAGUGGCUUCUUUGCUGCCCUUCUUGACACCAGGCCAUCCUCCAAAAGUCUUGCCUUACUGUGCGUGCAGAUGCACUCACACCUGCCUGCUGCCAUUCCUGAGCAAGCUCUGUACUGAUGGUGCCCCGAUCCCGCAGCUGAAUCAUCUUGGGCGCCCUGAAGCCUUCUUCACAACAAUUGAACUGCUCUCCUUGAAGUUCUUGAUGAUCCGAUAAAUGGUUGAUUUAGGUGCAAUCUUACUGGCAGCAAUAUCCUUGCCUGUAAAGCCAUUUUUGUGCAAAGCAAUGAUGAUGGCCCGUGUUUCCUUGCAGGUAACCAUGAUUGACAGAGGAAGAACAAUGAUUCCAAGCACCACCCUCCUUUUGAAGCUUCCAGUCUGUUAUUCGAACUCAAUCAGCAUGACAGAGUGAUAUCCAGCCUUGUCCUUGUCAACACUCAAACCUGUGUUAACGAGAGAAUCACUGACAUGAUGUCAGCUGGUCCUUUUGUGGCAGGGCUGAAAUGCAGUGGAAAUGUUUUUUGGGGGAUUCAGUUCAUUUGCAUGGCAAAGAGGGACUUUGCAAUCAAUUGAUCACUCUUCAUAACAUUCUGGAGUAUAUGCAAAUUGCCAUCAUAAAAACUGAGGCAGCAGACUUUGUGAAAAUUAAUAUUUGUGUCAUUCUCAAAACUUUUGGCAGCGACUGUACUGUAGUGGUGUGUAGUGCACGAACACACACACACACACACACACACACACACACACACACACACACACACACACACACACACACACACACACACACACACACACACACACACAGCUUGGACCCCUCUCUCUGUGCUUGGUCAAUCAGAGUAGGGGAAUCCUCCCACAACGCUCUGAAAACCUCAAGACAAGGCUGCGGCAACAUUCACUGUUAGUUAGCAAAGGAUUCUAACCAGGGAUGUAGUGGUAAAUAAAAUAGUGGGUAAACAAACCGCUGAAGCCGGGUGGGGCGGCGAGUAACAUCAACAUUAGCUGAUGCUAAGAAUGACACCUGAGCAUAGUAGAUGUGUUAACACUGUUCACUAAGUAAAUGGGUGUUUAAACAACAACAGUGUACACCAAGUAAAUGGGUGUUUAAACAACAACACUGUUCACUAAGUAAAUGGGUGUUUAAACAACAACACUUUUCACCAAGUAAAGGGGUGUUUAAACAACAACAGUGUUCACCAAGUAAAUGGGUGUUUAAACAACAACAGUGUUCACCAAGUAAAUGGGUGUUUAAACAACAACAGUGUUCACCAAGUAAAUGGGUAUUUAAACAACAACAGUGUUCACCAAGUAAAUGGGUGUUUAAACAACAACAGUGUUCACCAAGUAAAUGGGUGUUUAAACAAUAACAGUGUUCACCAAGUAAAUGGGUGUUUAAACAACAACAUUGUUCACCAAGUAAAGGGGUGUUUAAACAACAACAGUGUUCACCAAGUAAAGGGGUGUUUAAACAACAGUUUACGAGCGUUUACCCUCCUACAUCCCUGGGUCGUAUUCAUUAAAGCAGCAAAUGAAGAAAACUAAUGGAAUCGGGGAAAGGGACUAUCUGGCCUUGUCCUGUAAGAAAUGCUCAUAUCCGGUUUUCCAUUGCAAACCAUUUUCCAACAUUGUCCAUUGCGUGUCUUAAUGAAUAGGACCCUGAUGCUGUAUACCAACACAGGGAUAGUGGCUAGUUGUCUGGUCUGCUCCUUUACACUGUACAAAAGUGAUUAGUGAUAUUGAUAAUCAAUAAUGUGUCAAUGUUCCAGGCUGGUUGGUGAAUGAUGAUACUGGUAAUACUGCAACAGGAGGAUGUGUAUUUAGCAUUUUCACAAGUUUAUAUGGAAAUAUCAUUGUCUGUCAUUGUCACUCUAACUACGAUCGAUGUCUCUAUCUCACGUCUGGCAGUCUGUGGUAUUAACUACGAUCGAUGUCUAUAUCACGUCUGUCUGUCUGUGGUAUUAACUACGAUCGAUGUCUCUAUCUCACGUCUGGCAGUCUGUGGUAUUAACUACGAUCGAUGUCUCUAUCUCACGUCUGGCAGUCUGUGGUAUUAACUACGAUCGAUGUCUAUAUCAUGUCAGUCUGUGGUAUUAACUACGAUCGAUGUC